GGGUUGCCCGGCUCCGGCCCUGCACCCCCGAUCCCCGGCCCCAGGUGCAGCUCCGCAGCCAUCCCCGGACCAGGGCGGGCACUCGGCCUGCCGCUCAGCGCAACCAGACCUCGCCCUCCCAAGCCAUGCACAGGGAAACAAGCGUCCGGCACCGGCCCCCCAGGCCUCCCUGCAGCACCCCGUAAUGUAAUACACUCUGGUGGGGGAGGCGGCGGCGGCGGCGGCAAUCGCGGAGGCGGCGGCGGCAGCAGCACUGCCCCAAUCUAGACACAUCCAGAAAGAGGAGGAAAAUGGCUCCGAGCAGGGACCGCCUGCUGCACUUUGGGUUCAAGGCGACAAUGUUCUCAAAUAGUGAUGAAGCUGUAAUCAAUAAAAAACUUCCCAAAGAACUCCUGUUACGGAUAUUUUCUUUUCUAGACGUUGUUACCCUGUGCCGCUGUGCUCAGGUCUCCAGGGCCUGGAAUGUUCUGGCUCUGGAUGGCAGUAACUGGCAGCGAAUUGACCUAUUUGAUUUCCAGAGGGAUAUUGAGGGCCGAGUAGUGGAGAAUAUUUCAAAACGAUGUGGGGGCUUUUUACGAAAGUUAAGUCUUCGUGGAUGUCUUGGAGUGGGAGACAACGCAUUAAGAACCUUUGCACAAAACUGCAGGAACAUUGAAGUACUGAAUCUAAAUGGGUGUACAAAGACAACAGACGCUACAUGUACUAGCCUUAGCAAGUUCUGUUCCAAACUCAGGCACCUUGACUUGGCUUCCUGUACAUCAGUAACAAACAUGUCUCUAAAAGCUCUGAGUGAGGGAUGUCCACUGUUGGAGCAGUUGAACAUUUCCUGGUGUGACCAAGUAACCAAGGAUGGCAUUCAAGCACUAGUGAGGGGCUGUGGGGGUCUCAAGGCCUUAUUCUUAAAAGGCUGCACACAGCUAGAAGAUGAAGCUCUCAAGUACAUAGGUGCACACUGCCCUGAACUGGUGACUUUGAACUUGCAGACUUGCUUGCAAAUCACAGAUGAAGGUCUCAUUACUAUAUGCAGAGGGUGCCAUAAGUUACAAUCCCUUUGUGCCUCUGGCUGCUCCAACAUCACAGAUGCCAUCCUGAAUGCUCUAGGUCAGAACUGCCCACGGCUUAGAAUAUUGGAAGUGGCAAGAUGUUCUCAAUUAACAGAUGUGGGCUUUACCACUCUAGCCAGGAAUUGCCAUGAACUUGAAAAGAUGGACCUGGAAGAGUGUGUUCAGAUAACAGAUAGCACAUUAAUCCAACUUUCUAUACACUGUCCUCGACUUCAAGUAUUGAGUCUGUCUCACUGUGAGCUGAUCACAGAUGAUGGAAUUCGUCACCUGGGGAAUGGGGCCUGCGCCCAUGACCAGCUGGAGGUGAUUGAGCUGGACAACUGCCCACUAAUCACAGAUGCAUCCCUGGAGCACUUGAAGAGCUGUCACAGCCUUGAGCGGAUAGAACUGUAUGACUGCCAGCAAAUCACACGGGCUGGAAUCAAGAGACUCAGGACCCAUUUACCCAAUAUUAAAGUCCACGCCUACUUCGCACCUGUCACUCCACCCCCAUCAGUAGGGGGCAGCAGACAGCGCUUCUGCAGAUGCUGCAUCAUCCUAUGACAAUGGAGGUGGUCAACCUUGGCGAACUGAGUAUUUAAUGACACUUCUAGAGCUACCGUGGAGUCUCUCCAGUGGAAGCGACCCCAGUGUUCUGGGCAAGGGUUACAAAGUGAGGGAGGGCAGUGCCCAGAUCCCCAGAGCCACACAUACAUAUACAUACACAACCUUACCCCUAUCCACUCUAGCUUUGUGACCAUGGGACUAAAGUUUGUGAUGGCUUUAUCAAGUAGAUUGGUAAAAUUUAACCAUUCCUUUUGAGGUGCCCAGAAGAAAAUCAUAGGCCAAGAUAGAGGGAGGGGCAUUUCAGCAAACCCAGCAUUAAUGCUACUGUGGUUUUUAAAUUUAUGUCUGGGGGUUUCUUUGGGGAUUUUGGAACAGCAUCUGCUGUCCUCCGGGGUCAAGAAAAGCAUGGAAAGACAAUAUAUAAUGUACCCAGGGACCAGAAAGAAAAUUUCUUCACAUCUUAGAAAUGAUAGACAUUCAUUGUGACUACAGAGCUUCUAUGCUUCCUUGUUUCCAUACCAACAUGCUGAGCAUGCUCACAAAGAAGGCUCAUCCAUUCCUCCUGUGUUUUAGUAUUUGGCCCAGAGGUUUCCUAAAUGGUUGCGUUGAAAUCACUGUGGUCCAAAUGUAAUUCUUACACACUCAAAUUGUCACUGUCUGUAGCACACUUGUGCACCUGUCUUCCGUUCUCUGUUGCUCCCCCCGCCACACACUCUUGCUCAGUCUGUCACCUGUUCAGUCUGCUUACUCACUCAAUUGUUACCCUUUUGCUGUUGUCGUGUUUACAGUUUGCAUUUUGAAUGAUUAGUUGGGAUUACCAAACAUUUUUUAAAAAUAUAUUAUCAAUAAAUAUUUUUUUAAUUCUAAAUUUUA